AUGUCAUGCAUUGGUGAGUGUGGGAGACAAGAUCAAAGGCACAAGUUAGAGAAAAAGGUACUGAAAUUCGUCCAGAACUACAGUAAACGUGUGGACAACAUUGGUGACAGAAUGUGGACUGUUAAACACUUUGAGCUUAAAUCAUUCAGUUCACUUCAAAACUACAGUAGAUGUAGACAAGAUUGGUGCUGUAGGGAUACUUCAGACAUCAGUUUUUGUUUCUUUAUAUAA